GACGUGGUGGUGGUGAGAAGUUUCUGGAAAGACAAAAAAAAAAAAAAAAAUAAUGGGAAUGGGAGGACUUGUUCUUCUCCCCUUGGCUCCUCCUCCUAUAAAUCCCCAUUCAUCAUCCCCUCUUGGCUUAUUAUUAUCUCCACCCACUUUCAAAUCAUUUAAAUUCAACAACUUGAGAUCCAAAUCUUCUCAGUCUCGGACGACCUCAAUCACCAUGGCCAGCAUCAAGGUUCACGGAGUUCCCAUGUCGACAGCCACCAUGCGCGUCCUCGCUGCUCUUUACGAGAAGGAUCUCGAUUUCGAAUUGAUCCCCGUCGAUAUGAGGGCCGGUGCUCACAAGCAGGAGCCCUUCCUUUCCCUCAACCCGUUCGGUCAGAUUCCUGCUCUCCAAGACGGUGACUUGACGCUAUUUGAGUCAAGAGCCAUCACAGAGUACAUAGCGGAGGAGUACAGUGAGAAAGGAGAGAAGCUUCUGUGCCCAGGCUGCAAGAAAGUCAAGGCAACCACUAACGUAUGGCUUCAAGUUGAAGGUCAACAGUUUGACCCAAUCGCCUCAAAGAUAGCCUUCGAGCGUAUCUUCAAAGGCAUGUUCGGCAUGACCACCGACCCCGCCGCUGUGGAAGAGCUCGAAGGGAAGCUCGUCAAGGUCCUGGAUAUCUACGAGGCUAGGCUCGCCAAAUCUGACUUUUUGGCCUGUGAUUGCUUCACUUUGGCUGAUCUUCACCACCUCCCAGCCAUCCAUUACUUGAUGGGUACCGACUCCAAGAAACUCUUUGAAUCUCGCGCUAAGGUUUGCGACUGGGUCAAGAAGAUUACCGCCAGGCCAGCUUGGGCUAAGGUUGUUGCCCUCCAAAAGCAGUAACCUGACCUCUUUUCUUUCUUUCAUUUGCUUUGAGCUUUUCCUUGUGAUAAAUAAAUGAGCUGUCUUAUUGUGUGUACUCUACUCUUGUAUGUUUUCAGUAAUGUAUCGUCAUCCUGGUAUCUUCUCUUCUUCUUCUGUGCUUGUUGUGUUUUGGAAUCAUCAAUCCUAGUCAAAUUAAUAU